GUGACUCACCGCCAAGAACGAAAAAAGUUCCCCGUCGGGGCUUCAUUCAACCUCACUUCCUCUCCAGCAGGCCUACACCAAAGCACCAUUGGAAUAUGUUCCAAUCACGACUACUCACGCCCCUCCGGGCACUAGAGAGGACAUUCGUGCCCUCCCUCCGAUCCGCCCCCGCCGCCUACCGUCUCCCAUCCACAUCCCUCCUCCCACGACCCGUCUCCGCACCCACAUUAUCAUCCCCGACGCUCUCGAAACUCCUCCCCAUCUCUCAAGCCCGCCACGCCUCGCACGCCGCCCAGGGUGCCGCAAAUAGACACUCGCGUGACCCCGCGGGAAAGCGUCUCGGAGCGAAGCGCACAGGCGGCGAGUACGUCGUCCCGGGAUGCAUUAUCUACAAGCAGCGCGGGACAAAAUGGUUCCCCGGCGAGAAUUGCGAUAUCGGCAGAAACCACACCAUUUACGCCACCGAGGCCGGGUAUGUCCGGUACUAUCUUGACCCCGAGAGGCAUCCGGGCCGGAAGUACAUUGGUGUUUGCUUCGAGAAGGAGGGGAAGCUCCCAACGCCUCGGAAUGCUCCUAGCCGGCGCAAGUUGAACAGAGUUUCUGUUGCGCGUGUUUCUGAGACUCUGGAGAAGCCUCAGUCGGAUUUGAUGGUUUCUACUGGCCCUGAGGGUACGAUGGUUGCGGAUGUUGAGGCCGUGAACGCCGAGUCGGGCCCGCAGCUGCGUCCUGGUUACAUGUUCCGCGAGGCGAACUGGCAGAUUGGUCGUGCUGCCGAGAAGGCUGGUAUCACGGCGAAGCCAUACGACCGCAGGAACCGGUGGAUGGCGUGGAGGAAGAGGCAGGUUAAGGCCGAGCGGGCUGCCCAGAUGAAGAGUUUGAAGGGCAAGAAGGGCUCGAAGAAGGGCAAGGGUGGUCGUUGAUUGAUACGUAUGUUGUUACGUUAAGUUCAUUUGUUCGUUUAUGUUUACCUGCGAUAUGACGGUGUCUCAUGGGUGUUUUUCAAAUGUAUUAUAGCAAGAGGUCUACAAUUCAGUCCAAAUUGUACAAUGUCUUAUUUUCCACAUUAAACUAGCAAUUCUACCAUGUUUCACAUCCAGAGUGUAAAAUAA